CUCAGAAAUCUGCCGCCUGCACCAGCUUCUCUGGCUCACGGGGAUGCUCCCGCUGGAAGCUGAACUUCUGAGAGGCUCCGGUGUGAGUGUGGGCGCGCAGACGCGGCUCCCAGCUGUACAGUGACUCUCAGGGAAAGGACUCUGAAAAGACCCUGAGUGAAUAAAGCUAAAAGGAAAAACGGCAGCGAGAACAAAAGCAAACGGCGGACUGGCCAACUGAGAAUGAGCAUUCGGAAGCCCCCGUUUCUGAAGGGAUGAGGAGCAGAGCCAGAAGAGACCAACAACUCCUUUGCAAUCCCCGCUGCUUCUAACCGCGCUCGGUGCUCACAGCAGGCGCCAACUGCAGCCUCCCAACUUCCACACACACACACAGCUGGGAGAAAAUCGCUGCCGGAGCUCCCCUGACCCAGGAGGUUGGAUCAGUUCAAGGAGGAUUCGAAUCCAGCUGCUGCAGGAAGAUGAACUCCACCCACCACCAUGGCAUGUAUACUUCCCUCCACCUCUGGAACCGCAGCAGCUACGGACUGCACAGCAAUACCAGCGCGUCCCUGGGGAAAGGGUACUCCGAUGGAGGAUGCUAUGAGCAACUUUUUGUCUCCCCCGAGGUGUUUGUGACUCUGGGUGUCAUAAGCCUGCUGGAGAACAUUCUGGUGAUCGUGGCAAUAGCCAAGAACAAGAACCUGCACUCACCCAUGUACUUUUUCAUCUGUAGCCUGGCUGUGGCAGAUAUGUUGGUGAGCGUUUCGAACGGGUCGGAAACCAUCGUCAUCACCCUCUUAAAUAGCACGGAUACGGACGCUCAGAGCUUCACCGUGAAUAUUGACAAUGUCAUUGACUCUGUGAUCUGUAGUUCCUUGCUUGCAUCCAUUUGCAGCCUGCUUUCCAUUGCAGUGGACAGGUAUUUCACUAUCUUUUACGCACUCCAGUACCAUAACAUUAUGACGGUUAAGCGGGUAGGGAUCAUCAUAAGUUGUAUCUGGGCAGCUUGCACAGUGUCGGGCAUCCUCUUCAUCAUUUACUCCGACAGCAGCGCUGUCAUCAUCUGCCUCAUUACCAUGUUCUUCACCAUGCUGGUCCUCAUGGCCUCUCUCUAUGUCCACAUGUUCCUGAUGGCGAGGCUUCACAUUAAGAGGAUCGCUGUCCUCCCCGGCACUGGUACCAUCCGCCAGGGUGCCAACAUGAAGGGGGCAAUUACCUUGACCAUCCUGAUCGGGGUCUUCGUCGUCUGCUGGGCCCCUUUCUUCCUCCACUUACUCUUCUACAUCUCCUGUCCUCAGAAUCCAUACUGUGUGUGCUUCAUGUCUCAUUUUAACUUGUAUCUCAUACUGAUCAUGUGCAAUGCCAUUAUUGAUCCUCUCAUUUAUGCACUCCGGAGUCAAGAACUGAGGAAAACCUUCAAAGAAAUCAUCUGCUUCUAUCCCCUGGGAGGCAUCUGCGACUUGUCGGGCAGGUAUUAACUGGGGACUGAGUGCAUACUAGGAACGUGCAGACUCUCCCACUCUGGCACAACCUGGGCAGUGUGCUUUGGCAACAGCUGCUCCUCCUGCAUAGUGCUUUGGCUGAAAGUAUCUGUUGUAUAAAUUUCAGUUUAUGACUUUGGAUAUGAAAAAAGGUCUACACCUGUUAUUUUUAAUGUCAUGCUACUUUUUGGUUUGUCAAAUGCUAAUCUGUGUUCUAUAUUGUGGGCGCUAUGAAUUUGCAAAAAAAAAAAAAAGAAAGAAAAAAGAAAAGAUAAGAAAAAGAAAGAUACCCUUAUUAAAAGUUUACCAAUGUCUCUUUCCUCUUACUUAUCAAGAUUCAACACUUGUCCUUUCUGUAGUGAUAAAAACCAGAGUCUUACUAAUAUGUCCUUAACUGUUUUCAUGUGUCACCCCACAGCACCACAGAGGCUUGACUCCACUAUUUAUGGGGGAAAUGUUUAAAAACAAGAUGCUUGUUCCUUCUGUAAGUCAGUCCCACCAGUGAAAUUUCAAGCAACUUAAUAAAAGCUUGCCUGUUAUACUC